AUGGAGGAGCUACGGAAGAGGGUGGAACAAGGAAAGGAAAAAAUUAAACAAAUUGGUAAAGAAAUCCACCAAUUUGAUUUAAAAAAGAGUGUAGAAAAAUUGUUUUUUAAAAAUGGAAAAGAAAACGAACUCAGUGACAUGUUAUUUUUGGUACAGUAUUCACUGAAAUAUAAGAACGUGUGCAAAUGGCCAAAUUAUAAUGACCUGCUAGUAAUCAAUUAUAAUAUAAAUGACCAUUUCAAAGCCAUGCUUCAAAAAAAUGGGGGAUUUGUUCAACACUAUAAAAACGUCACACCUGAUGGAGGGACAGAUAGAGCAGCAACCAUGAACCGAGGCGGGGAAACCUCACUCUGGAGUAGCGAUAAAAGCGAUACAACGAAUCACAACGGUGAAGGAAACGCUCUCCAGACAGUAGAGAAGCAAAUAGACCCUAAGUCGAUGAAUGGCGUGGCGAACAAGACGAACAAAGCAUGGAGUACCGCAGACAGGGAAGACCAAAUUUACGCAGACGCAACGCGCUUAACAAAAGGGGAACUGCCACAGAACUUCCCUCCUGAUAACACCGUGCCAAAAUUCCCCCCUUCGAAGGAAUCCACCCCACAGAGCACCCCCCCUGGAAUCAGCGCACGCACAAAAAAGGAAAACAAAUUUGUGACCCACUUUAACGAAGACAUAAGUCCCUACGACAAAAUAAAGUUGCAAAUUUUUAUGUAUUUCGUGUUGAAUAAUUAUAGAGUGAAAAUUUUAGUGGACGCAUUAUCUGCGUUAAAUCGCCCAAUUAACGUUAUAUACAUAAAUUGCCCUAAUAAUAAAGAGCAGAAGAAGACCUUUUUUCAAAAGGUGGGGAGCUUCUUCACCCCCCGGUACAAAGUCAAUGAUAUUUUCGUGAAUAAUAAAAAUAAUUAUCUACCAAAGAGCAAAGAAAAUUGUUCAUGUUCGGAAAUAUCCCCCAUUAGGUAUAGUAAUAGCCCAACCACCUCCCCUUCUAACGGAAGAGAAUCAAAUUACGUAGGUGGUUACAACCCUAUAAACAACACUAUUUGGAUUUGUUCAAAUAAUAUUAAAAAUUAUUAUAAGCUCAAAUAUAUACUAACGCAUGAACUUAUACAUGCCUUUGAUUUUGCAAGGGCAAAUAUAGACAUGUACAAUUGCCACCAUAUUGCUUGUUCAGAAAUAAGAGCUUAUAAUAUGAGCAAUCAGUGCAGCUAUUUUAACAGCAAAUACUUUUCCCCAAACCAUGAUGUGUUUACUAAUUUUAAAAGCCCCUCAAUUAGAGCUACUCCCAAAAAUAAAUGCAUAUAUAAUAAUGUGUAUUCAUCUCUGAACCAGUACAAGCCUUGCACCAACAACACACAUCAGUUUAUAAAUGACGUCUUUGAGAAAUGCCUGCACGAUUAUUGGCCCUUCAUGUGCUCGCCCGAACAGGACAGCAAGUAUAAGCCCUCCAAGAUUUUUAAGAAGGAUUCCUGA